AUGGCGCCUGAGGAGCAACCUGCGGCUCCAAGCCUGCCAUGGCGAUGCGGUUCCGUGGCUGUUAUGGGCGUCGUGGGCCUGUUGAGCCGUGGAUUCCUGGCUGGCCUCAGCAACCUCGAGGUCAAUGGCAUGGACAAGUUCCUCCAGCUGCUCGACGAGCGCAAGGACGUCCAGGGACGCCAAAGGGGUUUAGUCACAGGUGAGUUUCGCGCACCGCGACACGGUAGUCCAUUGCAGACAAAACAACCCGCUGACGGGAAGCUCUCCCACAUCUCCAGUUUCCAACCACGUAUCUGUCUAACUGGCGCAUCUGUUCCGCCAUUCAGAUUGGAUGACCCGCUGAUAUGGGGCUCGCUACCGCUCCGCUACAUGUUCAAUCCAGACAACCUGCGCUGGAGCCUCGCCAGCCAUGAUCUCGCAUUCCCAAACAAGGCGCUCUCCCUCUUCUUCUCCCUUGGCCAAACCCUUCCGUGCCACCGCCUCGCGCACUCUCCCCACGGCGGGCUCUUCCAACCCACCAUAACGCAAGCCAUCCGCCUCCUGUCCCGCGCCCCCUUCUCCGCGCCGCCACCACCGACCAUCCAGCGCCAUGACUCCACCGCCGCCGCCCCAGACAUCCCCGACCCCUUCACCUCGGCCGCCCUGACCUACACCACAACGGGCGACGACGCGUUCCCCGCGCCGGCGGCCUACGCCUCGCGGCGGCACGGCUGGGUGCACAUCUUCCCGGAGGGCAAGGUGCACCAGAAGGAGGACCGCACGAUGCGCUACUUCAAGUGGGGCGUCGCGCGGCUCAUCCUCGAGAGCGAGCCGCACUGCCCGGACGUGGUGCCCAUGUGGGUCGAAGGGCCGCAGCAGGUCAUGCACGAGGGCCGCACCUUCCCGCGCUUCCUGCCGCGCCCGGGCAAGACGGUCAGCGUCACCUUUGGCGAGCGCGUCGACGUCGACAGCGUCUUUGGGGACCUGCGCGCGCGCUGGAGGCGGCUGAAGGAGCGCGAUGGCGAACAACGACGGGCCGCCGCCGCCGCCGGGGAGGAGGAGGGCAAGGGGGCGCUGGGGGAGGUGGGGUUGGGCGUGCUGAGCGAGGGGCUGAAGUACGGCAGCGAGGCGGUGGAGCUGAGGAAGGAGUGCACGAUGCGCAUGCGGGAGGAGGUGCUGAAGGUGCGUAGGAGCAUGGGCUUGCCGGAUGAGGAUCCCAAGGCUGGCCUGGUUGAGACGUGGGCGAUGGAGGGCGGGAAGAAUGAAGGGAAGAUGGACGAUGACAGCUGGGUGAAGGAUACUUGA